AUGCAGAUAUGGAUGGGCCGGGUCGUCCGUCUUGUGAUAGAUGGGGUACAACAGUACAAAAAGGACCGUGAGGGGGAUCGACGCAGCGUAGCAUACAAGUGGGCUACAAACUGGGUGCUCUGGGCCACCCGCCGCCUUACUACCGAGCCAGGGGUCUUGCCAAGGUGGGGUAGAUACUCCAAAGUCAAGGAACCAAACAAAGCCCAGACGAGCGGCAAUGUGUUGAAGAACUACUGUAGGCAGGUAGGUAUUAUUAAGUAA